AUGCUUUCCAGCCCUGUGCUGGGGGAGGGGCUCCGGCGGUAUCCUACAUGCGUGUUGACUCUAGAGCUGAAAGAAAGAAAAACGCGCUGUGCUUACCAGGUGCGCGCCCUGAGCCUGGCGCCCCCAGCCAGCCGCUCCUCGCGGGCUUCCUGCGCUCCUUUAGCGGCCUUGGCUGCAGCUGGAGCGCUAGUGGUGGCGAUGGAGGCAGCGGUGGCAGUAGGCAGAGCGGCGCCGGGCCCGCGGCGGUGGCGCUCGUUCUCCCGCGCCAGCGCUGGGAGCACGUGCCGCACUCUGGCAGACGCAGCUGGAAGCGCAGCGCAGGGCUGGCUCCUACUCCUGCAGCGCGCGGCGGGGGGCGGCAGAACGACCAGGGUACCGACUCGGACAAUUUGUCAGGACAUCCUCUUGGCUCUACCUUCAAGAUAUCUCCGGAACCCUACCACUUCUAACGACCUUCACGGAUACCAUGUUGAAUCAAGCCACCAUCAUCUUUUACCUGGUUACAGCAAUAGUUUCCAGCAAGUCUUUCAGCUUCUUUACUUAUUAUUUAUAGGCUACAUUCAACACAACAGCCAGAGUGCUCUUUGCAAGAAGUUAGCUUAAAUCAAAACCCUCCAGUAACUUUCCAUUUCAUUCAGUCAAAGCUUCAUAAUCUGUCUCCACUCCAUUACCUUUCUGACCUCAUUUCCUAGUACUAUUCCCCUUUGCUCAUUCUACUCUAGCCACCAAGACUCCCCUGCUAUUUCUUAAACAUGCCUGACAUGUUUCAAUUUAAUGGUCUUUGCGUUAGCUGUUUCUUCUGCUUGGAAAGCUUUGUUCCCAUGUAACUGUUGGGCUAACUCCUCUCCUUCAAUUCCUUGCUGAAAUCUUACCUCCCUAAUGAGGCCUUCCCAAACUACCCUACUGUAAAUUAUUAUACCUCAUGAUCUCAGUGCUCUUGAUCCCCUUCACUCAACUCUAU